GUCCGACAGUCUGUUUCGCAACACGCUAAUACGAUGGCAGGGCGGCAGCGACGCGCGCUGCGGCGACACGGGCGGCAUCCUUUACGAGAGCCUCAACCUGCUGACCGCUGUGACGUACCGAGGCUCCCACAUGCCGGAGGAGGCGCUAUGGGCGGCGGCCAAGGACCGCUUAUCGGCGCUCAUCGAGGCGGGCGACGUCCGCGGCGCGUUGGCGCUCGUGCGCAAGCUCCUGCGGCCGCGCGCCGUGCAACACGCGAACGCGGGCGCCAAGGGCGAGCUGCCCGACGACUUGCAGGAGCACUACGAUUCGUUCGCGGUGCGGCGAAAGCGCAGCCGGGACGACGAGGCCGUCAAGGAGGCGUUCAUCGACAGCUUCGAGUCGUUGGUCCUCUUGGUCAACGCCGACGGCGAGGGCCGGCAGCAGUUCUUGCGGGCUACUCUCUGGCCUGCAGAAUCCAGGAUGAUCGACGGGAAGCGCGGCUGCAACCGAGCGUUGGUCGCCGGCGGGAACAACUGGAACUGCUUGGUCGUCGACAAGGACGGCUCGUUGUGCCUAGCGAAUCAGACGAAAGCGGCGAAGGAGAAGCAUCGUUUGGCGAUGGACCCUACGGCACACGCGCGUCGGGAUGCCUUCAAGGAGACCGACGCCUCCCGCGUCGAGGUCUACGAGAUGACCGGCGACGAGCUCGCGCUCGAGUACCACGCCCGCGGCGCGACGAAAUCGACGACGUAUGCCAAUUCCAAUUUGUUGAAGCGCGAACUCGCGGAGCGCCUGUGGGCGCUGCGGCGCGAGAUGCGCGGCGAAGCCCCGGCGCCGUUCCCGUUCGCGGACAAAUUCGAGGCGGCACACGCGCGUCGGGUUGCUUUCGAGGAGACCGACGCCUCCCGCGUCGAGGUCUACGAGAUGACCGGCGACGAGCUCGCGCGCGAGUACAACGCCCGCGGCGCGACGAAAGCGACGACGCAUUCCGGAACCAAUUUGACGAAGCUCGAACUCGCGGAGCGCCUGUGGGCGCUGCGGCGCGAGAUGCGGGGCGAAGCCCCGGCGCCGUUCCCGUUCGCGGACGAGGUGCACCAGUUUUUCGGCGGGGACCCUACGGCACACGCGAGUCGGGCGCGUCGGGAGGCCUUCGAGGAGACCGACGCCUCCCGCGUCGAGGUCUACGAGAUGACCGGCGACGAGCUCGUGCGCGAGUACCACGCCCGCGGCGCGACGAAAGCGACGAAAUUUUGCAACAUCCGUCUGUCAAAGCGCGAACUCGCGGAGUGCCUGUGGGCGCUGCGGCGCGAGAUGCGGGGCGAAGCCCCGGCGCCGUUCCCGUUCGCGGACAAAUUCGAGGCGGCACACGCGCGUCGGGUUGGUUUCGAGGAGACCGUCGCCUCCCGCGUCGAGGUCUACGAGAUGACCCCCGACGAGCUCGUGCGCGAGUACCACGCCCGCGGCGCGACGAAAGCGACGACGUAUUCCAAUUGCAGCAAAUUGUUGAAGCUUCAACUCGCGGAGCGCCUGUGGGCGCUGCGGCGCGAGAUGCGGGGCGAAGCCCCGGCGCCGUUCCCACACACCAAAACCACCAUGCUCGCGUCCGGGACGCCCUUCUUCCAGGAGUUCCACUGCGUUCUCCAGGACGACGCGUUGGGGUUGCUCAUCAAGCCCAUGAACGACAUCCCCGUGGUCCGGGGCCUGAAGCCCGGCGCCGACGGCAUGCCGGGCGCGGCCGAGCGCGCGGGCGUCACCGUCGGGAGCAUCCUCGUCGCCGUCAACGGCCGCGAGACGCUCCGCGAGGGCUUCAAGGCGACGAUGCUCGCGGCGAAGACCGCGAGCCGCCCCGUGACCCUGGGCUUCCGGCGCCUCCACGCGGUCACGGAGCCCGUACCGGAGCAGGGCCCGCGGCCCGCGCGACGCUACUGGCAGGGCUACCUCUUCGCGCGCUUCGCGGCCGCGCGGAGCUGGACGGGCCGCUUCUACGUCCUCCGCGAGGACGGCGAGCUGCGGGCCUACCCGGGCAAGGACCUCGUGGACGGCGGCCACGUGGAAGACUUGAGAGUCGUCCACGCGCCCCUGCGGGCGUCGGCGGAGGACGUCGCGGCGGCCGCGCGGACCGUGGGCGACUUGGGCGACGACGGCCGCGGGAGCCUGGACCCGCGCGCGUUCGCGGCGCCCGUCGUCGACGGCGACGUCGGCGCCGCGCGCGACGGGCCGAGCGACGCGACGCGCUGGGCCUUCUUCCGCGGCGAGACGCCCGAGGCGCGCCUGGACUGGAUCGCGGCGCUGACGACCUUGGCCGUCGCGUUCGAGGAGAAGGGCGACGACGACGGGUCGUCCGCGGACGCGGGCGCGACGACGGUGGCCGUUGGAUUAGCAUCCGCCAAGCGCGAGGUCGCGCGCCAGGGCUACCUCUGGGUCAAGGCCGUCAAGGGCGACGAGGAGGACGACGAGGAGACGCGGGGCGUCGGGGAACUGGUGGCCGCGGCGACGGCCGCGGCGACGCUCGAGGUGUCCCAGCGCCUCGCGCCCUGGCGCCGGCGCUGGUUCGUGCUCUCCGAGGCCGGCGAGCUGCUCUGGUACGUGUCGCCGCCCGCCGACGACGGCGAGGUGCCCACGGGCCGCUUCGCGUCGCUCGAGGACGCGACGGUCGCGCUCGCCGCGGUCGCCGACAGGGCGACGCUCGAGGGCGUCGACCCGUCCGAGGCCGCGCACCGGCGGCGGCGCUUCGAAUUCUCCGUGCGCGAGGCGCGGGGCGAGCGGCGCACCGUGAAGCUCACGGCGCUGUCGGCCCACGAGGGCAAGCAGUGGGUCGCCGCGCUCGAAGCCGCGGCCGCGCUGAAAGUCGAGCCGUUGCCGAUCGUCGACGACGGCGGCGACGACGACGCGGCGGGUCCGGCGACCGAGGAGCCCUGCGACGAGGAGCCCGUCGAGAAGCCGCGGCCGCCGAGCCGGAGCCCGUCGGUUCCCGCGGCCAGGGAGCCGGCGAGGGAGAAGCCGCGCGAGGUCUCGGACGAGAAGGACCGCGAGGCGCGGCUCAUCGCGCUGUCGGCGAACCCGGGCGUCGUGCUCAAGCUGCCCGAGGCGGCCUACGGCCUGCUCGUGCCCCGGGGCAGCGGCGGCGGCGGCGUGGACCGCGGCGCGUUCACGGCGCUCGCGGGCCAGCGGCUCGUGCCGCUCUGUGACUGCUACGUCGCGGACCUCGUCUACGACGCGCUGCUCGCGUCCCAGGCCGCGGGCGGCGCGCGCGACUCGCCGCAGACCGUGGCGCAGAACACGGGCCUGACGAAGGUGCUGUCGCUGGGGAAGACGGAGAGCCCGCGCGGCGACGUCGACGAGGACUUCCUCGGGAAGAACCUGCUCGGCAAGAUCGGCGGGCUCAAGGCCUACACGUCGGCGAAGAAGGGGCUCACGCGGGCCGCCGCCGACGCCGGCGCCGUCGUCUCCGAGCUGCUCUACGAGGCGCAGGCGAAGGGGCUGAAGUCGUCGCGCGACGCGGCCGCGAAACGCGCGUCGGCGAACGUGCAGACGAGCCGGCGGGCCGCGGACUGUGCCGCGGAGCCCAUCCAGGGCACGUGCUCUGCUAGUGUGAGCCUGAAGCACAUGCGCAGACGCCAA